CUCUCUCUCUCUCUCUCUCGGGUACUGGGUGGUGUGGGCGUGCACCUGAACCGGGGGGACCAGUAGACAUGGAUACCACAGGUCAAACUCGUGCAGCUUGCUUGGUGCAGGUGCUGGGAGCUGACCUUUACACCAAGGUGCAAGAGUGCAAGCUCCUGGUCGUGGGGGCAGGCGGCAUUGGCUGCGAAUUGCUCAAAAACCUCGCCCUGGCCGGCUUUCAACACAUUGAAGUGAUUGACUUGGACACCAUUGAAGUGACAAACCUGAACCGCCAGUUCCUCUUUCAAAAGCAGCAUGUCGGCCAGUCCAAAGCCAAGGUACAAGCCUUUGCACCAUCCUGCGCCAUGUGGGAUGUAGCUGCAUGCCAAUCAGCCCCAUCUUUCUCUCUCCGUGCCGCCAGCAUUGAUUUUUUUCGUGUGCACGAACACCAGGUGGCCAGUGAGGCAGUUCGACGCUUCAACCCAGCUCUGAAGAUUGUAGCCCAUCAUGCUAACAUCUUUGACGCCGACUUCAAUUUGGCCUAUUUUGAGCGCUUCGACCUGGUCCUCAAUGCCCUGGAUAACCUGAAGGCCCGCCGGCAUGUAAACCGCAUGUGCUUGGCAGCCAACCGUCCUCUCAUCGAGAGCGGCAGCGCCGGCUACCUGGGCCAAGUCUCCGUUCACCUCAAGGGUGUGAGCGAGUGCUACGAGUGCCAGGAAAAGCCCAAACCAAAAUCAUACCCGGCCUGUACCAUUCGAAACACGCCCUCGGCCAUGAUUCAUUGCAUUGUCUGGGCCAAAUUUCUCUUUACUCAUCUGUUCGGCGUCGUUGACGAUGAAAAUGAUGUGGCUCCCAAUCCCGAUGACCCUGAACUGGAACAAAGUGCCCAGACGUCGAGCGAUUCAGAGCCUUCUGCACCUGCCACUACUGACAACGCCGAGGCCCGCCAGUCAACGCGAGACUGGGCCGAACAACAUCACCACGAUCCCAACCUCCUUGUUCGCAAACUCUUUCAAAGGGACAUUGGAAUGCUGCUGAAAAUGGACAAUCUCUGGAAGAACCGCACCCCCCCCGUGCCGGUGGACUUUGAUCAGCCUCUCGAUGACACGCGCGAUAACAGCAGUGGCAAGCUACCGGAUCAGCGCGUGUGGUCCUUGCAACAGUGCGUCGACAAAUUUACACAAAGUGGCGCUGCCCUCCGUGAUCGCCUCCAUGCAGCUGGCGCAGACGGGCUGGUAUGGGAUAAGGAUGAUGAUGAGGCCAUGGACUUUGUGUGUGCAGCCGCCAACCUCCGAGCUCGUGUUUUUCAUCUCGCUCCCGAAUCUCGCUUUGACGUGAAAUCCAAAGCGGGCAACAUUAUCCCUGCCAUUCCCACUACCAAUGCCAUGGUUGCAGGACUCAUCAUCGCCGAGGCCUACAAAGUUUUGCAGGGGCGACUCGAAGCCUGUCGCACCGUGUAUGUGUCGCGUCAAAUCGCAAGUCGCAACAAAUUGCUCACGCCUCUCAAGUUGGAACCCCCCAAUCCCAACUGCCUCGUGUGCCGGGACAAGCCUAUGCUGAUUCUGCGCACAAACCUGCAGCAAUUGACACUGCGCACGUUGGCUGAGGACGUGCUGAAGCAAGAACUCUGUCUUGCUGUUCCCGAGAUGACCCUUUCGGAUGGCCGCAUGAUUCUCGCAGCCCCGGACGAGGAUGAUGACGAGGAUGAUCGUCGCAUACUGGAAACAAAGCUCUAUCCCCGCACACUGGCCUCUUUUAACAUUGGUGACGGCUCAGAGUGCAAGGUCACCGACGAUUUGCAGGGCAUGAUUUUGACCCUGACCUUUCGACAAACUGAGGAAUUGGCCGAGGAUCAGCCCUUCGUGUUGGAACGACAUGGCGCAGUUACCGCGGAACCCCCAGCACCAAGCGAGGCUCAGCCAUCAACAAGCGAUGCUGUGCUUAUUGCCGAUGAUGAUGAAACAACCCCGGGAUCAGGAGAAGGCGCGACAAGCAAACGUCUGUGUGCCGCGGACGAAGACGAUGCUGUCGACUGCAAGCGCAGCAAGGCCGAGUAG